AUGAAUUCAUAAUUAUAAGGAAUUCCAGAAACCAUUGAUUUGAAACUAGAAUUCUUUAAUGAACGCAAACAAUAAGAACUACAUAAAAGAGCUAGAAUGCUAAGAUUCACACAGUUAAAAACUAAAGGCUAUACAUUUGGUUUGGGUAGAUAUGUAACUUUAUUUUUGUAUAUUCUAGCCAUUGGAGAAGUAAUUAGAAACCCCAGGGCCAGGUCAUUAUUCUACUCAAUAACCAGAAACUCCAAUCAGUUACAGUAUGGGAGUGAGACUAAAUUAAAAAGGUAUUUAUGAUAAAUUUUGGUAAGUUCAUAAAUUUGAGGUUCCGCCUUUGGGUACUUAUGAAAUUAAAGGAUUAGAUAAAUAUGGUAAUUAUACUAAUUCGAAAUUCAAAAAUGCUUGUGCAACUCUCUUUAGUCCCCCGAAAAACAGUAGUGCUAAAUAAGUACUGUGAAUUCAUUAAAAAGUCAAUUGCAUCUCCUGGUCCUGGUGAUUAUGAAUUGCCAGGUAGUAUUAAUUCAAAAGGGAAGCAUUUCAUUUCUAAUUUUAAAACCAAUUAAAGUUGGGCCCUUGGCAAAAAGUCAAUCUUUUAAAGAAAACCCUAUUAUUGA